ACACUGGUUAAAUGAUGAUGGUGAGAGGGGCGGAGCUAAACUCUACUCUAACACCGCUACUGAAGCGGAGACUGACGGAGGAGAAAACGAGCAACAUAAACGGAACUGAAAGCGAUUAGCUAGCUUCAUCACAGCGGAGAACGUCGUGUUGUCGAUGUUUAUACGUCUAACUUAAAGAAGACAACAUGAGACUCAGGUCUCAAACCGUUACGUGUUGCCCGGAGACGCCGACGACCAACCGCCGACGGUCCAACAAAGCGACGCCGAGACCAACCGACUCACCGGAGACAGAGAAGCCUCCUAAAACCACGGUAACCACGGAUGAAGAGACCUUGGAUAAUGACAGCCACCACUCAGAUGACGAAAUUCCCACAAUGACGAGGCGCCCACUGCCUCGUGGCCGGCCAAGGAAGAGAGCCAUCGCUGUUGCUGACAGAGAAACAGAUUUGGCUUUCAAGACUCCAAUCAGGCCCAUCCUGCACCAUGAGCGCAUACUGUCAGAGAUCGACCCAGCGUCUCCUCGCAAUACAACAGCCAGAAACAUCUACUCGCCCAUCGUGCGUUUCCUCACACCCACCAAAGAGAAUGUGAAGCGUGCUGACAGCAGUGUGGUGAUGAGCCCAGAACAAGGUGUGUUUGGUUUUGGCUCUGUUGACCUUCUGGCUGGAGAAGAGGAGGAUGACACCUUCAAUCCCUUCACGUUCAUCAAGAACAUACCGUCGCAGUCUCAGCAUUCCCUACCCCAACUCAGAGAUAUUCCCCCCAAGACCAGGAGCACCCCAGAGGCCACGCUGGUGGUCGACCUGGAGGAGACCCUGAUGUUCAGCUCUCUGAAUGUGAUCGAGGGAGCAGAGUACACCUUCCACUCAGCUUUCCAGGACCAUCAGUACAAGGUGUACAUGAUCCUACGACCACAUGUCAAAGAGUUUCUGCAGUCCAUGGCAAAAAUCUAUGAGCUGUUUGUUUACACAUGUGCAAAGAAGGAAUAUGCCGAGAAGAUACUGGACAUCCUGGACCCGCAGAGAAAGCUGUUUCGACAUCGUCUGUAUCAGGACGACUGCGCCUGCGUUCUCGGCCACUACAUCAAAGAUCUCAGCAUUCUCGGGAGGGAUCUCGCCAAGACGGUGGUUCUGGACAACGCUCCCCACACAUACCCGUACCACCUGAUGAACACGAUUCCCAUCGAGAGCUGGUCCGGGGCGCCGGAGGACCGAGAACUCCAGAAGCUCGUCCCCUACAUGGAGAAAAUGUCUGCAGCGGAGGAUUUUCGGGAGGUGCUGAAGAAGAGGAAGGAUCACUUCCACAGGCUGCUGUCAGAGGACUAACAGGACCCUCCCACACCCCCCUCCUUUCACAGCCCAUGUUUGCUUUCCCUAUGCUUUGGCUAAAAGCAGAAUCCAGUUGGAACUAGCUAACCUUUGUGGCGGACCUGCUCUCCCUCCUCUCUCCUCCCUGAUGACUUUAAAGGACGGCACAUCGGUAUUUCAAACAUGCUGCUGGUCGUUUGUCACUGAAACCGUUCCUCCUGAGACUCAUUCCACAGGGCGGUAAACUGCUGCCUGGUGUUUCUGUAUAUUUACCAGACAAAACUUGAAAUAUGAUGUUAAUAGUCGUGAUUUUUCUUUUAUUUAUUGAUUAUAUUACUAAUCACCUGCGGUAAUCUCUGUAUAUUUUAGAUAUGCUUUUUUGUAUGCAAUAAAAUCACCCUGAUAAUAAAUAGGAAAAUAAAGCACUUCUCUCACUCACA